AAAUUCUACCAUUGAUCUAUACUGCUCCCAUCCAUUUGGCAAUGAAAUCACGAGCGGUAUAGUUUGCACCGCUUGACUCCGUCCUCCAGUAUACAAAUCGUGAGGUCAUUCUAAGAAGUAAAAGUUUCAGCCCAUGAGCGUGUCUUGGUAUCCAAAGAGGUCCUUGGCGGCCGAGCCUUUAUAAAAGACCUCUCCUCUUCCUAUCAUUCUCAAAUCAAAUCUCACCCCACGCCUAAAUGCACAACUUAGUACUCCUGCUACUGUACUACGGAGUACAGUAUUAAAACACCACCCGCGCCAUCAAUCUCUCUCGCGCACACCGCACCAGAGCUCGCUCGGCCAUGGACGGCGAGGAGCACGCGGACGCGGGCGGCACGAUCGGGCCGGCGUGGGGCGAGAUGGACACGGACUGCCUGGUGCACGUCUUCUGCCGGCUGGCGCUGGAGGACGUGGCGGCCGCGGCGCCGCUCGUGUGCCGCGGCUGGCGCCGCGCCGCGGCCGACCCGUCCCUGUGGCGCGCGCUCGACCUGCGCCGCGACCACGUCGCGCGCUUCAUGCCCUGGGGCGCGCUCGCCGCCGCCUUCGCGCGCCGCUACGCCGUCGCCCGCUUCGCCUUCGCGGGCUUCCUCGCGCUCUGCCUCGCCCGCGGGGGCGGCUCCGUGUCCGACCUCGCGCUCCCGCCGCUCCUCUCCUCGCCGCCCGCCGAGCUCGACCGCGUCGCCGCCGCCUGCCCGAGGCUGCGCCGGCUCGCGCUCCCGCCGCUGCUCUCCCCCGCCGACGAGGCGCGCCUGCCGGACCUCGUCCCGCGGUGGCCCCUCCUCCAGCGCCUCGAGCUCGAGUCCAAGCCCUCGUCCUUCCCGGCCGUCGCCGCGCAGCUCGCGCUGCACUGCCCGGACUUCUCCGGCCUCAGGACCUCCGGGGCCAUCAAGCCGGAGGACGCCGCGGCCAUGGCGGCGUCGCUGCCCAGGCUUCGGUCGCUGUGCCUCGACUCGUCCUACCUGCCCAAGCAGGAGCUGCUCGCCAUUCUCGCCGGCUGCAGGCAGCUCGAGGAAUUCAGCGCCAGGAACUGUGUCGGGUUCAACGAGAAGGACGAGGAGGUGGUCCGACGGGGCGCCAGGAUCGAGCGGUUCGACAUCGGAGGGUCCAGAUUCGUCGACGAGCUUGACGACGAGAUGAUGGCCGACGACGAAUUGUGCGGCUCUGCCUACGUCGACGUCAUGUGAUCUUCUCCUUUAAGACUUGAUGGAUGUAGUCUCAUCUUGGUGUACCGGCCGUGUAUGUGUAGCAAACAACUUGAUGCGUAUUUGUAACGCUUGGUAUUUUAUUUUUGAAGAGAAAAAUAAUUACCUAGUACUCCGUA